AUGGAAGGGGGCAGGGCAGUCCACAAGUGCAGAUGGAAGGGGGCAGGGCAGUCCACAGGUGCAGAUGGAAGGGGGCAGGGCAGUCCACAGGUGCAGAUGGAGGGGGGCAGGGCAGUCCACAGGUGCAGAUGGAAGGGGGCAGGGCAGUCCACAGCGGUGGCGCACUUGUCCUGCAAAGUUCACCCCAAGCAUCUUUGUGUAGACACAGAACCAGUCAUGCAGAAGUCUAAGGAUAUGGGCUCUUCGAUCAUCCACACGCAGCAGCUCCACGCUGCGAUGGCGGACACCAUGAUCGAGCACAUGUGCCUCCUGGACAUUGACUCUGAGCCGGCUGUGUCUCGCAACACUGGCAUCAUCUGCACCAUUGGACCGGCCUCUCGCUCCGUGGACAUGGGCAAAGAAAUGAUCAAGGCUGGGAUGAACAUUGCAAGAAUGAACUUCUCUCAUGGCACUCAUGAAUAUCACGCCGAGACCAUCAAGAACAUGCGCGACGCUGCUGAGAGCUUUGUACCUGGCACUGUUGAGUACCGACCUCUGGCUAUUGCUCUGGACACAAAAGGACCAGAAAUCAGGACCGGACUGAUCAAGGGAAGCGACACUGCUGAAGUGGAACUGAAGAAGGGCGAAACCAUCAAGGUCACGCUGGACGACCAGUACAAGGAGAAGUGUGACGAGAAAGUCCUGUGGCUCGAUUACAAAAACAUCACCAAAGUCGUGCAGACCGGCAGCCACAUCUAUGUUGACGAUGGCCUCAUCUCACUCAAGGUCAACCAGAUCGGCAGUGACCACAUCAUGUGUGAGAUCGAGAAUGGCGGCAUGCUCGGCAGUAAGAAGGGUGUGAAUCUCCCUGGAGCAGCCGUGGAUCUGCCUGCGCUGUCAGAGAAGGACAUUCAGGACCUGCAGUUUGGCGUGGAGCAGGGUGUUGACAUGAUCUUCGCCUCUUUCAUCCGCAAGGCCGCCGACGUGGAGGCUGUGAGGAAGGUGCUGGGAGAGAAGGGCAAAGACAUCAAGAUCAUCAGCAAACUGGAGAAUCACGAGGGAGUGCGCAGAUUCGAUGAGAUCCUGGAGGCCAGUGACGGCAUCAUGGUUGCCCGCGGAGAUCUUGGUAUUGAAAUUCCCACAGAGAAAGUCUUCUUGGCUCAGAAGAUGAUGACCGGCAGGUGCCUCAGAGUCGGCAAACCCAUCACCUGCGCCACUCAGAUGUUGGAAAGCAUGACCAAGAAGCCUCGUCCCACUCGCGCCGAGGCCAACGAUGUGGCCAACGCCGUCCUGGAUGGAAACGACUGUGUGAUGCUGAGCGGAGAGACCGCCAAGGGAGAGUACCCUCUGGAGGCCGUGCUCACACAGCACAGGAUCGCCCGUGAGGCUGAAGCUGCCAUGUUCCACAGGCAGUUGUUCGAGGAGCUUCGUCGCACUUCUCACCUGACCCGUGACCCCACUGAGUCUGUGGCCAUCGGUGCCGUCGAGGCGUCUUUCAAGUGCUGCGCCAGCGCCAUCAUUGUGCUCACCAAGACUGGAAGGUCCGCCCAGAUGCUGUCCCGGUACCGGCCCCGUGCCCCCAUCCUCGCAGUGACCCGCUGUGGGCAGACGGCUCGCCAGUGCCACCUGUGGCGCGGCAUCUACCCCAUCAUGUACACCAAGCCCGCCAACGACGUGUGGGCCGAGGACGUGGACCUGCGAGUCAACUUCGCCCUGGAAGUCGGCAAGCACCGCAAGUUCUUCAAGUCCGGUGAUGUGGCGAUCGUGGUGACUGGAUGGCGCCCUGGCUCCGGCUACACCAACACCAUGAGAGUUGUGUUGGUGCCAUAA